GCUCGGUCCCACAUCUGCCGCGCGCCUCCCGGCUCCUCUCCGCCGCCUCGGACGCGUUACAGCGCCGACGUUUUCACGCCAGAUGCCGCAUUUCGCUUUUGUCGUGAAGCCGCCGAGCAGCGUCCGGUUGGUCCUCGGGUGAAUGAGCAGAUCGUCCCCGCGGCUCCGGGGGACACGUCCCGGGGACACGGGAGGUGCGGAGGGACCGGUUCCAGCCAGAAUUAUUAUGUGAGUUGCCAUGGCAUCAGUGCGCUUCACCGUGACGCCCACCAAGGCGGAGGACCUCCCUGGGCUGUCGGACACAUCCCCGGACAUCAGCUCCCGAUCGGGCGCCCGCGUGCGCUUCGGCUCCCGGGAGAGCGUCAAUCGGAGUGACCCGCUCAGCGAGACAUCGACAACUACUGCCACAGCGGGAGGAGGAGGGACGGAGACGCCCGACCACAGCAACACAGAGCAAGGUGAUGGAAACUCUAAAAUCUCCAGCGUGUACAUCAACAACAGUCACGGGGUGGAUGAUGAUGAUUUCUACGACAGAAACUUGGCCUUAUUUGAGGAGGAGAUGGACACUCGGCCGAAGGUGUCCUCUCUGCUCAGUCGUCUGGCCAACUACACCAACCUGACCCAGGGGGCCAAGGAGCACGAGGAGGCCGAGAGCAUCGGUGAGAAGAAGAAACCUGGCAAGUCGCCGCAGAUGGGGACGUUCAUGGGCGUCUACCUGCCUUGCCUGCAGAACAUCUUCGGCGUCAUCCUGUUCCUGCGGUUGACCUGGGUGGUGGGCAACGCCGGGGUGCUGCAGGCGCUCUCCAUCGUCUUCAUAUGCUGCUGCUGUACGAUGUUGACUGCGAUAUCGAUGAGUGCGAUCGCCACUAACGGAGUCGUACCAGCGGGAGGCUCGUACUUCAUGAUCAGCCGCUCUCUGGGUCCGGAGUUUGGGGGGGCGGUGGGCAUCUGUUUCUACCUGGGAACCACCUUUGCUGGAGCCAUGUACAUCCUGGGAGCCAUCGAGAUCCUGCUGAUGUACAUAGCACCCAAGGCGGCCAUUUUUGAGUCCGACUACCCCGAAGGCGAAGCGGCGGCCAUGUUGAACAACAUGCGUGUCUACGGCUCCAUCUGUCUCCUCCUCAUGUCCUUGCUGGUCUUCGUGGGCGUCAAGUACGUCAACAAACUAGCCUCCAUUUUCUUGGCCUGCGUCAUCGUCUCCAUCGUUUCCAUCUACGUCGGAGCGCUGGUCUCCGCCUUCAAACCGCCACAGUUUCCCGUGUGCAUGCUGGGAAACCGAACCAUCAACGGGCAUGAAAUCGGCGACAGCGAGUGUGCAAAGACCCUCCCGCUGACGGCCAACGAGCCCGUGGAGAGAGAGGACGUCAACUUCACCAUCACCAGUGAAAACAGCACGGCAGGCCCGACCUUUGACCCCAGCCACAUUCCUGCUCCGGUGGAGGACACCACAUGUCUCUGGAAGCAGUUCUGCCAGGGCCCGGAGCUCAACGCCUCGUGCGACGAAUACUUCAUGUCCAACAAUUUUUCUGAGAUCGAAGGGAUCCCCGGUCUGGCAAGUGGGAUCAUUUCAGAGAACGUGUGGAGCUCCUACCUCAGUAAAGGGGACGUGGUGGAGAAAGGCUCCGUCAACUCCUCUCAUUUUGCACACCCCGCCUCCAACCACCAGCCUUAUGUGUUUGCUGACAUCACCACCUCGUUCACGCUGCUGGUCGGCAUCUUCUUCCCCUCGGUCACAGGAAUAAUGGCUGGCUCCAACCGGUCGGGGGACCUGAAAGAUGCCCAGCGCUCGAUCCCCAUCGGAACCAUCCUCGCCAUCCUCACCACCUCCAUCGUCUACCUGACCAGCGUCGUGUUGUUCGGCGCCUGCAUCGACGGGGUGGUCCUCAGAGACAAAUUUGGCGACUCGGUGAAAGGGAAUCUCGUGGUGGGGACUCUGGCGUGGCCGACGCCCUGGGUCAUCGUCAUCGGCUCGUUCUUCUCCACGUGUGGCGCAGGCCUGCAGUCGCUGACCGGGGCUCCACGACUCCUGCAGGCCAUCGCCAAGGACAACGUCAUCCCCUUCCUCCGGGUGUUUGGACAUGGGAAGGCUAACGGGGAGCCCACCUGGGCCCUGCUGCUGACGGGCCUGAUCGCUGAGCUGGGGAUUCUCAUCGCCUCUCUGGACCUGGUGGCUCCCAUCCUCACAAUGUUCUUCCUGAUGUGCUAUCUGUUCGUUAACCUGGCCUGUGCCCUCCAGACCCUCCUGAGAACGCCCAACUGGAGACCACGCUUCUCCUACUACCACUGGGCCUUGUCAUUUUUGGGGAUGAUCAUCUGCCUGGCGCUGAUGUUCAUAUCCUCUUGGUACUACGCAAUCAUCGCCAUGGUGAUCGCAGGCAUGAUCUACAAAUAUAUCGAGUAUCACGGAGCGGAGAAAGAGUGGGGGGAUGGGAUCCGCGGUCUGUCACUCAGUGCUGCUCGCUACGCCCUCCUGAGGUUGGAAGAGGGACCACCACACACCAAGAACUGGAGGCCUCAGCUCUUAGUGUUGCUGAAGCUCGACGAAGACGCCCACGUGAAGUCUCCUCGCCUGCUGACGUUCGCCAGCCAGCUGAAGGCGGGAAAGGGCCUGACCAUCGUCGGCACCGUCGUCUCUGGGAACUUCCUGCAGAGCUACGGAGAGGCGCUCGCUGCCGAGCAGACCUUGAAGCACCUGAUGGACAAGGAGCGUGUGAAGGGCUUCUGUCAGUGCAUCGUGGCCCAGAAGCCUCGCGAAGGCAUCAGCCACAUGAUCCAGUCGAGCGGCCUGGGAGGAAUGAAACCCAACACCGUGGUGAUGGGCUGGCCUCACGCCUGGAGGCAGAGCGAGGACCCGCAGUCCUGGAAGACCUUCAUCAACACAGUGCGGGUGACCACAGCCGGCCACCUGGCCCUGCUGGUUCCCAAAAACAUCUCUCUGUUCCCCAGCAACAGUGAACCCUGCACCGAGGGCUACAUCGACGUCUGGUGGAUAGUCCACGACGGGGGGAUGCUCAUGCUGCUGCCCUUCCUCCUGCGCCAGCACAAGGUGUGGCGUAAAUGUGGGAUGAGAAUCUUCACAGUGGCCCAGAUGGAGGAUAAUUCAAUUCAGAUGAAGAAGGAUCUGGCAACCUUCCUCUAUCACCUCCGCAUAGAGGCCGAGGUGGAAGUGGUUGAGAUGCACGACAGCGACAUCAGUGCGUACACGUACGAACGGACCCUGAUGAUGGAGCAGAGGUCCCAGAUGCUCCGACAGAUGCGACUUUCUAAAUCCGACCGGGAACGAGAGGGAAACCCUGGUAGCAGCAGCAGUAGGCCAGAGGCAGGUGGCGCUUCAAAGUCUCAGAGGGGUCGCUGGAGCUUCGACGAUGCCCAGCUGGUGAAGGACCGCAACUCCAUGCUGCGUCUGACGAGCAUCGGAUCAGACGACGACGACGACACAGACGGCACCGAGCGAGAGAGGGCAGUGAGCGGCGGUGGUGGUGGUGGCGGCGGAGGCGGAGGCGGCGGCGGCGGCGGCAACAGCAGCGGGGGCGGCAACUGUGAACACAACCGUCGAGUUCAGAUGACCUGGACCAAAGAGAAGACUUUGCACUACAGGGCCACGCACUCCGGCUGCUCCACCCCCGAAGGCUUCAGAGACAUGCUCAGCAUCAGGCCGGAUCACUCCAACGUCAGGCGGAUGCACACCGCCGUCAAACUCAACGAGGUCAUCGCCAACAAGUCCCACGACGCCCGACUCGUCCUGCUCAACAUGCCAGGACCCCCCCGGAACACGGAGGGAGACGAGAACUACAUGGAGUUCCUCGAGGUUCUGACAGAAGGACUCGAGCGCGUCCUGUUGGUCAGAGGCGGAGGAAGUGAGGUCAUCACCAUCUACUCCUGAUUGGGCAGAAGAGAGGAAUUCAGCGUUAAAGAAGCAGCCAGUAACGCAGACGUGAGGGAAGGGAGACGGGGGGGGGCCCAAAAAGAGAGACAGUCAUUGGCUGCAGCGUCAGUCGACACCCACGACCAGCCCUUAUCCUUUCCUUAUGUACACGUUCCUCUCACGACGAGGGUUUCCAUUCCACUCGCGUCGGGGAAACAGAAACGCCAACACAAUUCCAUCAAUGCGAAAAAAGGAAAAAAACAGAAAAAUAAGAGUGUGUCUGUGUGUGUCUGAGGGUUUGUCGGCUUGUCGGAGAAGGGACCAGCGUUGUGCGACGGCAGAGGGACCAGUGGGUGACACAGAAUCCAGAGGGCGGGAGGCUGCGCAGCGUCUGAAGAGACUCAGGGUUGCUUUUUGUACAGAAUGUAUUUUGGAAACCAGACGUGACUGUUCUGAGUGUCGCCUGAAUGUCUGAUCCGAGUGUGUUCGUGUCUCCGGAAAGACGCAGAAAUGUUCUUACCGUACUUCCGAGUCCGUUUCAAACCGGCUCAGAGCCGCGUCCACCGAAACGUCGGCGAGCUUCUGCGCAUCUCUUUACUUGAAAUCCAUCAGUGCGGGCCUCUGUUCUGCAGAUAUCCACCAGAAACCUCAGAUUUUGUUGAAUCCACAGUGAAGUUUAAAGUGGGAUGACACUGAAUUAUUUUCUAAUUCUAAAGAACUUGCUGCUAUUGAUCAGAAUCUACUCUCCGGUAUGGAAGACCAUCGCUGCCAGGGAAACAUCAAAAGUUAGUUAUGAGUAAACUUACCUCUAAUUAAUACUUUUAGAAUUCCCAAUUUUGCCUCACGAGACAUGAUUUGACACACGAUUUAAAAAAAUGUGCGAAGGUAAAUCAGAAUUUUUGACAUACAAGUCAGAAUUUUUCAAGAUUAUAAUAAUGGAGAUGACAUUUUACGUAUAUGUCAAUAUUUUGAUUAGUCUAAGUUAAAAUUGUGAGACAUUCACAAUCUCUGACUUUUUAACUUGGCAGAGUUGGGCCUCCAUACGGGAGACAUGCAUGUGUAUGUGAAGAAAACAAAUUUGCGACGUGACAAACGUGUUCGUCUGCAGAGCAGUGCGACGCCAGCAGUGCUAACGUGCUGUUAGCGGCGCGAAGCUUCGGCUCAGACCGCUGCGCGACAGACCGUAAAAAACAAAGAUGGACGACAUGUCUCCCGCUCCCUCCCGUUGUACAGAAAUGAAGCGGCCACCAGGGGGUAUCAGAUGUUUUGGCUUCACUUUUUGGGAGCGGCCAUGUCCUCCGUCUUUAUUUUACAGGCUUGUUCAUGUCGAUGAAGAUCCCAGUAAAACUGAUCAAACUGAUGUAAAGGACGUAAUCAGAGCUCUUCUCUGUGCCAUAACCCCCCAUGUUGGACUGCAUGUGAAUAGUGCAUUCGUUAGAGUCGGAGGUAAACGUGUGUUUGAAAACGCGAGGACGAACUUUGCGGUUGUUUUUGUUGUGAGAGAAUCAGAAAGAAGACGAGUUGUUGACACACUGGACCAUUGAGGAGAGGACCGCUGCACUGCAUGCUGGGAAAACUGUCACUCAGAGUGUGUGUGUGCGCGUGUGUGCGUGCGUGUGAGUUAGAUGUGUACACUUGACACGAUGAAUUUGUGUGUUCCAUUCCCUCUAUCUGAAAGUCGUUGCUGCGCUGUGUAGUGUGAGGCCCUGACACUCGCCACCUCACACCUGAACGCGCCCGGCUGACUUCCUGUUGUGUUUGUGUGUCUGAACGAGAUCGUGAGCUUGUUGCUAAAGUUCGGGGCUGUAAACUAGAGGUGUGUGAUUCCACUCUCACGCUUUUGUCCUUUUUGUUUUCUACAGCGUUAUCGUGCAGGGAUUCUUUCGUGUUCAUCGUAAUUUCCUAUUAAACAUUGUUGUCUCGCUUGUACAUAUGGACGAAAGAGAUCCCGAGUUUUAUCUUUUUUUAAUUACAUUAAUAUAAAAGGGAAUCGUUUAAAAAAAAAAAAAACCUGCUUGAAAAAACAACGGAGCAAAUAAAGGAAUUUUGAAAGAAAAGUUA